CGGGCCGGGGCAGGGUCUGGCCGGCGCCGUGCGCGGCUGCCUGUAGCCCGGGCACUUCCCGCCCGCCAGCGCCAUGAAGGGGCCGCUCCUGCGCCUGCUGCGGCCGCGCCGCGCCUCGCCUCGGCCUCUCCUUGUGUCAGGGAGCCUGUGGGGAAGGGCGCAAACGGCAGCCGUAAGCCAUGCAUACAGUACACAGGCAGGGAGCACCAUGAGGCCGACUGGGCGCUAUCCGAUACCCAACAAGAAGGACCUGCCGUAUGAUAUAGUGGAGCUCAUGGAAGAAGUAGAGAUGAAGAGUGGAUUUUUGCCCAAUGUGUUCAGUGUGAUGUCUCAUCGGCCUGCGGAAUUCAGAGCAUUCUUCGCAUAUUACAAUGCCAUCAUGAACAAAGAGGGAGGAAGACUCAGCAAGGCGGACAAAGAACUUAUUGUUGUGGCUACAAGCAUUGUUAACAGAUGUCCCUACUGUGUAAUUGCACACGGUGCGUUACAUCGGAUAUAUUCUAAAAAGCCAGCUUUGGCGGAUCAGGUUGUUGUGAAUUGGAAACUGGCUGAUCUAAGUGAACGGGAGCAGGCAAUGCUGGAGUUUGCUCUUGCAGUCAGUCACGCUGAUAACAUAACUGAAGAGCACUUCCAAAAGCUGGAGGCUCAGGGUUUUGACCGGGAAGAUGCUUGGGACAUAGGCACAAUUGCCUCCUUUUUUGCCAUGUCUAAUCGUAUAGCUCACUUUACCGAUCUGCGUCCAAACGAAGAAUUCUACACCAUGGGCAGAAUACCUCGGGACAAGGAAAAGGCAGAAACUCCCUAAUGCUGCCCACAAUUUUGUGAAGACAUUUCAAGCGCUUAAUGCCGUGGCUAACGUUGCUAGUUACUGAAUAUAUAUAAAAGGCACAAGCUAAUAGCAGAUUGUUACCAGAAGAGAUCAGAUAGGGAAAUGGGUUACACUUUUCUCCAGCAUGCAAAAAGCUGGAAAGGGUUUGCAACCGUGGGUCAGUCAUAAUGCUUUUAAUUCCUAAAGUAGCUGCAAGAUCAAAACUUUUGUCAUAAACCUUGUUUAGAUUGUGAUAAACUGGCUGGGUAACAUAUCAUGAUUUAUAAACAAGCUGCAUAGCAACUUUUUCAUCACAUCUGUAAUAUUAGAGUAAAUACCAGAUGGGCUUUUGUGUGUGUGUGUGUGUAUAUAUAUAGUAUCGUACCCUUGUCAGACAGUGAAGGGCUGUAAUAAUUUCUCAUGGCACUUUUGCUAAUGAUCAGAGAUUAAUGUAUAAAUAAGGGUUGGGGAGAAGGGAAUGUCCUUCUCAGCCCUAUUAAUUACUCUUAUGUGAUCCUGCAGUGAAAGCAUAAUGCUGCUGCUGUAAUAGCACAAUCAUUCCAAAACAUCCCACUGGUGUCAGUGGAAAGUCUCUGCUAGGCUUCAUUGGAAGUUGGAUCAGGCCCUUAGUGCCAGACUGAGCAGAGCUGUGCAGUGCAGAUGUGACAGUGGGAAGUUUUUACUCAAUCACAGGUCCCAUAUCAGCAAUAGCAGGCCUGUACAAAGUCACUGACAGUGAAAUAUUGUUUUUCUUUUUUCUUCAAAUGCUCAGAUGAAGAAAUUCUCUUGACUGAAUGCUGUUGGGCUGAGUGGUGAAGGAAUCAAGUGUUUGUAUGUAUGAUACAGUGUUGCCAACUCUUGCAAUUUUAUCAAAGGUCUUGUUGUAUAUGGUGUUUUUCUUAAAGCCCGACCUGCUGGAGUGAGGUGAUUUUGGGUGAGAAUCUCAGAUUCCAUUGUUUAAAAAAGAAAGUUUCUAGCCCUCACUGUUGCAGAGAAAAGCUUGAAAACAUGACUCAUGUGCACCCUAAAGGCUUAAAAACCUCAUGACAAAGAACCCCCCCGGUUUACUUUGUCAAAUCUCUUGAUUUCUAUGCCAGUCUCAUAAUGUUUUACGGCCUGACCUACGAUUUUUGAACACUUUGGGUUGGCAACAUUGCAAGUAACUUUCCUCUAUCCGAUCUAUUUCUCACAACUUUUCUAAAACGGAUCAUGGACAAACUCCAUCCACUCUCCAGUAGUUAAGAAACGUGAUUUUCUUGCUUGAGUUGUUUUCAACACAAAACCAUGUCUGGGAAAUGCAAUUGUCUUACCUUGUGUGUAUUUUAAACUAAAUGUAACCUUAAGGUUCUCGACUCAACUUUUAAUCACAUAGGUCAAAAAAUAUAACCCUUUUUUUGAAAAUGG